AUGAACGGUAUUACCGAGCCGUUACCCGGCCUCCUUGACGACCCUCAAUUUCAGAUCACCGACUUGCCCGCACUGACCGACUUCCAUAUUGCUCCCCUUCGAAACCCUGCCCCGAGUCGCCAUGCAAACAUUCCUCUACCCCUCGAGCCUGUCGCGGGCAAAAUCCACAACAACAGCAGAGCAACCAAGAGCACUGUUCGUCGGGAAGAUGAAUCUGAGAAGAGGCGGGCCCCUAAGAUCACUCCUAGCGAUGUGCUUCUGGCGAGAGAGGCCAAGAAGCCGCAUCUGGCCAUUAGUGAGCUGCUGGAAGCCAACGACGGCUCUGACAUGGUCCCUACACAACUGCCCUCCUUCAUCAGUUUGUCUGUAGUCGAAAAGUCGCCUAUACAGGCUCCCUCACCCUUGGAACACGGCCACGCUCAGAAGCGGUUGAGACUGGACACUGACGGCGAGGCUGUCGCUCUUGAGAUGAUAAGGCAUCUGCCUCGUCCUGCUCAAAAGGAAGACCGACCAAACAGACCCGCUCCUCUCUUACCAGCCAUGGUUACAGGCCUGCAUGAGCCUCCUCCUUCUGCGGCUCUUCUACCAUCCAUCGACGUUGCCUCCAGACCUGCAGCUCCACGUUCCACAACGACCUCGAAAAUCCAUGUCAAGGAUAUGCUGACUGAGUCGGAUCCAGAGUCCGCACAUUGGCGAGCCCCACCUGCCGUGGUCGUUGAGAAACAAGUGCCUUGUGCCCACGAAACUGUCGCUACACAACCAACACCAGCCAACGCAAAUGUUCCGGCCACUACGCCAUCAACUUCUUGUGCGGUCCCCUGGAAAGACAACAAGCCUCGCCGUGCCCGUCGGAAGUGGAGUGAGAGUGAGACACGAGAUCUACUAGCUGGUGUGAAGAAGUAUGGCAUGGGCAAGUGGAAGCAAAUACUUGAUGAUCCAUCAUUCAACUUCAGCGAGCGGAGCUCGGUCGACCUGAAAGACAGAUAUCGUGUCUGUGCGAACAACGAUUCGGUUCCCAAGUCAGAGACAAAUGCGAGCACCAACAACCCUGUUCCAGAACAAACGGCUCCGACCGAAGGUGAAGGACCUUCGCUCUCACCCAUGAAAGGCACGGAGGCAGAUUCACCCUUGGAGCAAGGCCACGCUCCGAAACAGCGCCGUAAGCGUCGGGCUUGGACGGUCGCUGAAGAUGAAAGCUUGCUGAAGGGUGUGGCCAGGCAUGGAUUCCAGUGGACUGCAAUUCACGAUGACCCUGAGCUCGACCUGGCGCACAGACGGGCUACUGACCUUCGAGACCGUAUCAGAAAUAAGUUUCCAGAUGGAUACAAGCAUGCCGAAACUGCGCCGUUGAGAUCCGAGGUCAAGAAGGCAGAGAAGCUCGCAGUUUCUUCCGCAGGAACCCCUGAUAUUCCCAACCCGGGCAGUGCUGUACCUGCGGCCAAGAACUCUGCGUCAGUCAUUCACAACAGCACCCCUGCGGCAACACCUAUAAAAACGAGCACCCCAACUCCGACCAGGGCAGCCAGUGGCAAGGUGAAAUCGUCGACGUCCGCUAGCUCACUAACAAUGCUACUCCGUAGCGAUGACAUAGACAUGGAGCCUACUAAGGAGAAAGGCGAUAAAGAGAAGGACAGAGAGCGGGAGAGAGACCAGCAAGUGGGAGUCACCCUACCGAGCUUUACUCUAGAAGUCGAUGACGAUAUGGAUUGGGAGGAUAAUCGGCUGCCUCCCCUACAUGAGUGGGACGAAAUCGGAAUAUGA